GCAGACGCACUCACAGGAAAAGGCGGGAAACGCUGGAGAAGGUCCAUAAUGCGCAACUUGAUGCGAUUAGGAGUUCUGCUGUCGACAAAGGAGUCGACUCUACAGUGGCUGCAACAGAACGGCCUUGUGCCAACAACGAGAAGGUGCCCGUAUUGCAACGCCGUGCUCACCGUUGAGGUAACGGAAGACGAAAUUGGCGAAUUCAGGUGCCAUAAAGAUCACGGGGAUGAUGGGGCCUUUCAACAAUCAGCGACGGCGAACACCUGGCUUGAAGGCACUCGUCUGUUGGCAAGACAGGUGAUCGCCUUAACGUACACGUUUGCUAGGGACUACAACUACGACGCGGCUGUCACCGAGUCCUCAUUUGGAGCAAGACGAACAUCCACCGAAACGGUGACCGAUUGGUACAACUCCUGCAGGGAGGUGUGCGGUAACGCUCUGAAAAUUAAAUAUUCGAACGUGGGCAAAAUUGGGGGGGACGGCCACGUCGUAGAAGUAGAUACGUGCAAAAUUGGGACGCAAAGUAAGGGGAACGCUGUGGAGGGGACCUGGGUAAUUGGCAUGUUAGAUGUCCACACGGAUGAGCUACGAUUGGAAAUUAGCUGGGAUAACGCGCGCGAUGCGAUAACAUUACUAUCGCACAUCAAAAACAACGUGGAAAACGGCACUGUAAUUGUCACUGAUUGCUGGAAGGGCUUCGUGGGGAUUGAUCAGAACGGAUUCGAGCGCUUAACGGGUAACCACAGCUUAAACUACGUUGAUCCGGACACGGGGGCCAACACCACCAAAAUUGUAGCUCAGUGGAGGCCCCUCAGAAAACAAUUGGCAAGGCGGGGAGUCAAAAACGACAGCAUGGGGGGGCAUCUGUUAGAGUUUUUGUGGCGCCGUGAUUGCAGGCGCCAUCAUCAGGACCCGUUUGACAAAAUUUUGCUAGAUAUUAGGGACAUGUAUCCAGGUUUGGAAUAAAAAUUGCGAGGAUCCGCCCACUUCGCCUUCCGAAACCGGUUCAAGAAGAAAGAGCCGUUACUGGUCUUCCAUUGACGACACUUCCCGCUGUACAUUUCUGGCACGUAUACAUCUCAGUCAUCUACUCGGGCAUCUCAAGCAAAACACAGUCUUACUAUCAACGUGCACCAACCGAGCAUCAGUGACAAAUAUGUGCGCUGCUUAUCAAGUAUCUCGACUUCACCUCGGUCACAUGUUCUGUGUAUCAAGCUGGGCUUAACUGUCCUCAGUGUGUCAUCAUCAGUCGUCCUCCGAACGUGUGCACUCUAUGUGUCAGCCUGGAUUGUCCCAGGCUCAGUGAUCUCAUUCUCCAUUGGAUUGGUCGUAGUCAGCCAGUUUCUUGCUGUUGGACGACCUCAUGUUCUUCCUCAGCCAAGUGGAAGUAUGAGACUUUUUUUUUAUGUUAAAAGCUGCAUUUUGUGACAGUUUCACAUAGUUUUAUUUUUCUUUCUCUCGUAAUGUGAUAUCAAGUAAACCAUGUUACACAUUUUCCGAGAACACGAUACUAUA